AUGCCAGUUAUUAUUAACACCCCUUCAUGGAUACCUAGCCUCGAAUACGCCCAAGCAUGCGCAUAUACUUUAGUGUUCUCCACCGUGGUGGUCGUGUAUGACUAUGUCCUGCAUUUAGACCAAGAAGUUGAACGUGCACUGAAGCUAAAACUCCAACUAGCCGGAUUGAUGUACAUGCCUUUAUCAGAUGAUAUACAACCCAGGUUCCGUAUUGAGUAUCCUGCCGAGCACCAUCCUCCCCGCCAUAUUGAUGGUGCUACUCCAAGACCGCUUGUCGAUCUAGCCACAUACCAAAUCAUUUACUUGAUAACUCCCGUUUGGUGCGGUAUUGGUCUGGCGUACGACUUGGCUUUGCUUCUUCUGGGACUCUACCGCGUGGUAUGGCAACUUAAAGAACAGAAGAAGCAAGGUUCCUUGUUAGGUGUCAAAGGUCUUCUACGCAUCCUUACUCAGCACCACAUGGCCUAUUUCUUGGCAGUUCUGGUAACUCAACUGCUCUGGACCGUUGCCUCUAACGCAACAGACAUGACUUUAGCCGAGACUCAAAUAAUUGAGAUGCUCUACCCCGUGUUCAACACGAUGGUUACAUGUGUUCUGGGACCUUGGCUCAUUCUUGGUGUGCGCAGUGCACACAGAAAGCAGCUAAAUCAAUCUCCAGAUUCUCGAAGAGACGCAGUUAGCACCGUCGCGUUUAGGUCACCGCCAUCUCAAGCAGAUCCUGAAGCAGCGUUGAGCGUCGGCGGAUAG